AUGCCUCGGGGUCAGAAGAGUAAGCUCCGUGCCCGUGAGAAACGCCGCCAGGCCCGUGCUGAGACCCAGGGCCUAGUGGUUGCUAAGGCCACUGGGGCAGCAGCAGCAGCAGGAAAGUCCCCUUACUCGGAGAAUCUGCCUGCUGCUGGGGCACGCAGCACUUCUGAGGCACCUGAGGGAGCCACCGGUGCUACUGCAUCUGGUUCCGGCACCAACUCAGCUGAAAAUAUCAACAGCCCAAAGGCGGAAAGCGCAAGCUCCCCCAAGGGCACUGAGAGCUCACUCAGUGAGAUUUUAAGUAAGAAAGUGGUUUUGUUGGUGCAGUUCCUGCUGCAGAAAUAUCAAAAGAAAGAGCCAAUUAGAAAGGCAGACAUGCUGAAGUUUGUUAUCAAACAGUACAAGAGUCAUUUCAAUGAGAUCUUCAAGAGAGCUUCUGAUCACAUGGAGCUGGCUUUUGGUGUUGAUUUGAAGGAAGUGGAUCCUACCAGGCACUGCUACGCCUUUGUCAACAAACUAGACCUCGCCUAUGAUUCAGCUCUGAAUGAAGAUGAGCACAUGCCAAAGACCGGCAUCCUGAUGAUUGUGCUUGGUGUGAUCUUCAUGGGAGGCAACUGUGCCCCUGAAGAGGCGAUCUGGGAAGUGCUGAAUGCGAUGGGUAUAUAUGCUGAAAGGAAGCACUUCAUCUAUGGGGAUCCCAAGAAGGUCCUCACAGAAGAUCUGGUGCAGCUCAAGUACCUGGAGUACCGUCAGGUUGUCAGCAGCAAUCUUCCACGUUACGAGUUCCUGUGGGGCCCAAGAGCCCAUGCUGAAACCAGCAAAAUGAAAGUCUUGGAAUUUUUGGCAAAAGUCAAUGAUACGGUUCCCAGUGCCUUCUCAUCACAAUAUGAAGAAGCUUUGCAAGAUGAGGAGGAGAGAGCUCGAGCCACAGACAGGCCUGGUAUGACUGUCACUUCCAGGCAUGUUCCAUGGCCAUGUCCAGCAGCUUCUCCCACCCAUACUGA